UGUCUUCUUCGAAUUGAAGCAAUGCCGACGCCGCCAUAGCCAAACCCUCAACACAAAACCCCUCAAUUCUACCGAGCCAUAUAGCUUCUUCUCCUUGUCCCUUGUCGCCUCAUUAUAAUAUUCUUCACUCUUUUUUAUCUGAAUCUAUCAAUGGAGGAACCCACUUCUAUUUCUGAUUCUGGCGCUACCAUAACCUACAACACCGUCUUCGUUGACACCAGCCUCGAUACCCACUUGGCCAUGAUUGUCUCUGGUUCCGACACUGUUUCGGAUCUCAAAAAGAGAAUACUGCACGAACACCCAUUGUGUUUUCCUAAAAUUGGUGGGAUAAAAAUUCAUGCUUUAAAGGUAAAACGUAAAGGACACUUUUAUCAUUUAUCAGAUUCCAUGUUUGUAAAAAGUGCUUUCGAUGGAGUCAGCAAAAGCUGGUUUCUUUCUGUUGAUGCUUCAAUUCUAGAGGAGCAGAGUGAAAAACAGCAUGCUGGGAUAUCCAAGUUUGGAGACCUAGUUGCCUCUUGUGGCAUCACAGGUAAUCCUACAGCUGAUGGGGUUGCUCUUCUGGCUGAUGCAUCUGCUAGAAGGUUGCCCAGUACCGAUGAGUCGACAUUGACACAUGUUCACAGAGACCAGAAUGCUAAACAGAAACCUUCUACUCAGAUUACUUGCAACAUCUUGGCUACUUUGAAUGAAGGGAACACGUCAGCUCAUGUAACCAAUGAAGAUGAAUCACAGCAAGACAUGGUCCUGGUUAACUCGGUCACUGAAGGUGGAGAUACAGUAUUUACUCAUGAUAUACAAAUGGGAAUCAAAUAUAAUGCUGAUGAACGUUGCAGGAUUUCAGCUUGUGACAUCAAACAGAAAUCAGGGAGGGAGCUGCUGAUGAAUGAUGUUCUCUGUGAGGGAACUGCAGUUUUAGCAAAGAAUUUUGAGUGUGAAACAUAUAAUUCUAAGAAUGUUGAUGUUAAUGCAAAGUGUAAUACAUCAUUGGAGGAACCUUCAACCAGGCUUGCUGCAAGUAAAAAGCAGAAGACUGUGAGGAAAGAUGACAUGGAAAAUUCUUCUAUAGAAAAGAGGCUUCUGGAAUGUGAUUCUACUAGAGAGACCUUCAUGCAAGACAUAACAAUUUCUCAGUGCUCUUUUGGGGACAAACAAAAUGGUACAAAUGCUUCCUUGGAUCAUUUAUCUUUGGAAACGUUGAAGGAUAACCAUUUAUUGACAACCGAUGCAAGCACUGGAAAGAAGAAAAGGAAAAAGAAAUCAUCAAAAUUGAUUAAUCAAGUUCUUGCUGCAGUUCCUUCUUCUGUACAAGAUGAGAGGAUGGAGAACCCUGGGGACACAGUGGGAGUUCAUCAGAGGAAUUUGGAAGGUGAGCAUAAUGCAGCAGUUCUUCCUGCACAAAAUGUCCAUGAUGAGAUGAUUUCUGAACCACACACAGUGCUUUUGAAGAAAAUUCUUGGUGUUCCCCUGCAAGAAGAGGGGGGAAACAAUGAAUUACCUUGUUCAUUGGAUGCUACUAUUAGUGCCAAAGGUGUUGGCAAUGUUGAAACCAAAAACGUUUCACCUGAAUUAACAAUUUCAUCUGCAGCAAAACAAAUGAGCAUUUCGGAGGAUCACCAUGUCAGUGAAGAAGAAGGCAAUCCUCCUCUCACUGUCCAGGAUAAUGGUCUCAAUAAGAAUACAGGGGUCACCAAAUACGAGAAUGCUACUGUUCAUGAUUGUCAGAAAUUUGGACGUGAUCAGACUGGCAGAGUUGCAGAAGGAAAACAAUUGUCUCAAAGUAAAGAUUCAGAGGCAAUGCCCCUAGUAAAGGGAACCCCUUCAGGCAGGGAUGAAUUAAGUUCAGAGGCUAAUGGAAAUGUGGACCCUGAUACCAUUGUAAAUAUGGAACCUGCAAAAUCUUUAAAGAAAAAAAGGAAAUCCAAAAAGUCUCAGGAUCAUGCUUCAUCAGUUACUGAGCAUAAAACAGGCUCUGGCCUUGGCAUUUCUUCAACCAAGCCUCAUGAGACCAUUAAUAGAGAUCAUUCAAGUGAUAAAUCCAAGGAGGAAAACCUCAUGUCCCCAAUCAAGGGGAAAGAAAUACCAAAAAGGACAACAGUGAAUGAUUCUGUUUUGGCUAAUUAUAGGGAAGCUGAUAAUGUGAUCCGAAAUGUGUUGGAAUCCUUGAAGGAUGUCAGCGAAAUUCCAAUGAAUGCAGAAAAUAAGGAUGAGAAAUCAAGAAAGAGAACCAAGCGAAAACGAAAUUCUGCUUCUAAGAACCUACCAGAAUUGCCGGAAGAAGAUGAAAAUGUCAGUUGUAAAAAUGUGACACUGUCAACUGAUGGAUUUAGGGAUGCAGAGGUGGAUGCAUCAUCCAAACUGACAAAGAAGAGAUGCUUGGUGAAGACAAGCUCUGAAAACAAGCUAAAUGGAUCAAACCCAGAAUCUGAGAAUAAUGCUGGGGUUGAAAUGAGUCCUCUUCAAGAUCAGAGUGGUAAUUUCCCUAAAAGUGACUGUUCAAAUGAAGCUGAUAAUAAAAUGGAAGUAUCCUUUGAUAGUGAUAGGACUACUGUUAAUGUCAAUGUUGUGCCCAACCAACAACAGCAUACAAUUGAUGUUUCUCACAAUGUGCCUGUUGAAAAGGUGACAGAAACAAAAGGAGCAGUUAAAGAGGUAAAGGCCAGCAAAAAGAAGAAAAAGCUUGAUGUACACUCUAAUGGCCCCUCACCUGAUUUACAAAAUGCACUGAAGUUGAAUGAGAAGCAGAGCAGUGGAGGGAAAGUUCAAGCUGCUGACUCUAGCAGUUUUGAUUCCCAGAGAUCAUUUUCAAAGUUUGAGGGUGAUAAACGGGAUCUUCUUCCUAAAACGAAACUAGCAAGAGUUUCUGGAAUUGAGGCUAAAGCUCAUGUGUCUAAUAAAUCUGAUAAAUUAUCCAAAAAUCAGGAAGCUAGAAGGCCCAAUGCUGUCCAUGGUUCUUCAACCCAUAGCCGUACAGAUAAAAGCAGACAAAACGUUGCUGCAUCAAACUCUAGCUUGGAGAGUUCAAAAAACGUACUUCCUGAAGGUAAAAGGGAUAAUAGGCAUCAAUCUCAUUCGGAUUUUAGACAUGUUUCCAGUAAAUACUAUGAUGGGGAAGUAGUGAAUAGAACACAACGUAAGAAGAGCUUGUUGGCUACAUCAGGCUCAAUUUUUAAGGAAGAUGGUUGUGAGAAUUCAGAUGAUGACAAUGGGGUAGAUCAUUCAGAUACCAGCACCAGAACUCCAUCUGAUAAUUCUUUGUCAUCUGACUAUUCAGAUGGGGAUAGCAGUGCGCAACAGAAGGGAACUUAUGUUUCAAAAAGGAAAGAAAGCGGUGGAGGAGACAUUACAAAAUCAUACUCUAGUGGAACCUUGGAAAAAAUCCUUAGAAGCUCAAACAGAUACAAGGCUGCCAAGCUAAAUGCUUCUCAGUUGCAAAUGCAGGAAACCGAUAGCCAGCCUCUCGAAUUUGUUCCAGAUAGCCAGGCAGACCAAUAGUCACCUCCUCCUGCUUGUUGGUUUUUUUCACUUUUAUCCCACGAGAGUCUAUGCUUGCAGAGAUCUCUCCUGUUUGAGAUUUUAAAAAUGAAUUGCAUUCAAUCUGAGCCAUGUUUUCCUAAUCCUUUUCUAUUUCCUUGCAUAGUUAAGUUUAUGGGCUGAGCUCUUCACUAAGAGAAAAAUUAUUGUGGAUGGCUUGUUUUUGUAUCCUGUGAAACUUCCACAGUGGUAGAAAUGCAAUUUGCAGCACAUUAGUUGAUAA